AUGGGGUUCUGGAAUCAGAGUGAGCUGGAUUGGAUCCUGGCACAGCUGCUCACCACCUACAACCUUCGGGAAGGGGCAGAGCAGAAGGUGGUAUUCAUCACGGGACGAGUCCACCCAGGGGAAACACCCUCUUCAUUUGUGUGCCAAGGGAUCAUUGACUUCCUCAUAAGCCAGCACCCUGUUGCCCGUGUCCUCCGGGAACACCUGGUCUUCAAGAUUGCACCAAUGCUCAACCCAGAUGGAGUCUACUUAGGCAAUUACAGGUGCUCUCUAAUGGGGUUUGACCUGAACCGUCACUGGCUGGAUCCCUCUCCGUGGGCUCACCCUACCCUACAUGGAGUGAAACAGCUCAUCAUCCAGAUGUACAAUGACCCAAAAACAAGCCUGGAGUUUUAUAUUGACAUACAUGCCCACUCCACCAUGAUGAAUGGCUUCAUGUACGGCAACAUCUUUGAGGAUGAGGAACGGUUCCAGAGGCAGGCCAUUUUCCCCAAGCUCCUCUGCCAGAAUGCUGAAGACUUCUCCUACUCCAGCACAUCCUUUAACCGGGAUGCUGUGAAAGCAGGAACUGGCCGUCGCUUCCUUGGUGGGCUACUGGACCAUACUUCCUAUUGCUACACCCUCGAGGUCUCCUUCUACAGCUACAUCAUCGGGGGCACUACAGCUGCUGUGCCCUACACUGAAGAAGCCUAUAUGAAGCUGGGACGGAAUGUGGCAAGAACAUUUUUGGAUUAUUAUCGGCUGAACCCCCUGGUCGAGAAAGUGGCAAUUCCCAUGCCGAGGCUGCGGAAAGAAAAGCCCCCUCCCUACAAGUACCCACUCACGCGGGGACCAGCCAGGAACCACCCCAACGGCAAAGGGGACAAGAAGAGCUCAGUCUUCCACUCCCGCAAGAACCAGCCAGCCAACCCAAUCUGGUGUAACUCGCACUUUGCUGUCAGGGGCUCUGUCAUCAGGAUGAGGAUGAACAGUCAAGACUUGACUUUCCAGCAGUUCCUGUGUCAGAGUCCUGGGGAGUUUAGCUGA